AACAUAGUUACUGUUAAAAUCUUAUCCAAGAUCUCACAUUACCACACACUCCUAUGGCUUAAUUUAUAAUGCUCUCCACCCUGUGUUGUGAUCGCACGGAGAUCCUGUGGGCCUUAAAACGAUCAGUGUGAAAAAGAUAUAAGGCAAUGCUGUGUACGUUGACUCCUUGUUUAUAGAGCCCAAGUAGAGUGGAGCGUGAUGACCGGGGAGAGCGGGGCGACGCAUUACUACCAACACGCAAAGCUUGCUCCCAUGGAUGUUGCCUCCGUAGAGCUCGAGAACCCACAGGGAGCUUCGAAGUGCUUCGACGACGAUGGCCGCCUCAAGAGAACCGGGAGUGUAUGGACCGCAAGCGCGCACAUCAUCACGGCGGUGAUCGGGUCUGGUGUGCUUUCUCUGGCGUGGGCCAUCGCUCAGCUCGGGUGGGUCGCCGGCCCCGCCGUCAUGCUCCUCUUCUCCUUCGUGACGUACUACACCUCUGCCCUGCUCGCCGACUGCUACCGCGCCGGCGACCCCUCCACGGGAAAACGCAACUACACCUACAUGGACGCGGUUAACGCAAAUCUAAAUGGGAUCAAAGUGAAAAUUUGUGGCGUCCUUCAAUACGCCAACAUCUUUGGAGUUGCCAUUGGCUACACAAUUGCUGCUUCCAUAAGCAUGAUGGCAAUUAAGAGGUCUAAUUGCUUUCAUGAGAAGGGGAAGAAGGACCCUUGCCUCAUGUCAAGCAAUCCUUACAUGAUUCUGUUCGGCGUCGCCGAGAUCGUGUUCUCGCAGAUCCCCGAUUUCGACCAGAUUUGGUGGCUCUCAAUCCUCGCCGCCGUGAUGUCCUUCACCUAUUCUUCCAUCGGCCUCGCCCUCGGCAUUUUGCAAGUUAUCGGCAAUGGAGGAUUCAAAGGCAGCCUCACCGGAAUCAGCAUCGGCGUCGUCACGCCGACCGACAAAGUCUGGCGAAGCCUCCAAGCCUUCGGCGACAUCGCCUUCGCCUACUCCUACUCUUUGAUCCUCAUUGAGAUUCAGGACACCAUAAAAGCCCCGCCGCCGUCGGAGGCAAGGGUGAUGAAGCGAGCGACACUUCUAAGUGUGACGGUGACCACCGUCUUCUACAUGUUGUGCGGGUGCAUGGGCUAUGCUGCGUUCGGCGACAACGCCCCUGGAAACCUCCUCACCGGCUUUGGCUUCUACAAUCCUUACUGGCUCCUUGACAUUGCCAAUGCCGCAAUCGUCAUCCACCUUGUUGGUGCCUAUCAGGUCUACUGCCAGCCACUCUUUGCGUUUGUCGAGAAAUGGGCCCGCCAAACCUGGCCCAAGUCCCCAUACAUCACGAAAGAGAUUCAGGUCCCACUCGGGUCCAAUCGGUACUACGAGCUCAACUUCUUCCGGCUAACAUGGCGCACCGCCUUCGUGGUAGGCACCACCGUGAUCUCGAUGCUGCUCCCCUUCUUCAACGACAUCGUCGGGUUCCUCGGCGCGCUAGGGUUCUGGCCACUGACGGUCUACUUUCCGGUCGAAAUGUACAUUGUCCAGAAGAGGAUCCCGAAGUGGAGCACACGGUGGGUGUGCCUCCAAUUGCUGAGCCUCGCGUGCCUCGCCAUCUCGGUGGCAGCGGCCGCCGGGUCGAUAGCGGGCGUCGUCGCGGAUCUCAAAGUGUACCGGCCUUUCAAAAGCAGCUACUGAGCUACAAGAAAAGGCACAUAUAAAAAUUGUGUACUUACUUUCCAAGUGUGUUCUAUUUGAGUUCUAUUGUUUGUAAUCCUCAAAAGCAAGAAGUGUAGUGAGUUGAAUAGUGUGGUUCCAACACACACUGUGAUCAGUGCAAGUAACACAUAAUUGUCACAAAAUUUGCUUUGUACGUA